AAUAUUUACAGUUUUCAAUGAACUCAAAAACCAAUUGCCAUUAGAGAAUAAUAGGGAGACAAGCAACACGACCUUCACUUCCUUUCCUUCCUUUCUUUUUUCUUUUUUCCCCAAAUCAAUAGAGAGAGGAGGAAUAAGGAGGGAGGAAGUGAGGGGCAGAAUCGUAAGGACACAAAAAAGGAAAAAAAUGGACUCACCGACGUCAGGAUCAACGGCGAGGAUCAUACCAGCGAGAUCAUCAAUGAUAGAGUCGAUCCGAGGAUGUGGGUUAUCGGGGGUCCGAAUAGACAGAGAAGAGUUGAAAAGGAAGUUAUUGAUACCAGAGUACUUGCGUCAUGCAAUCCGUGAUUCUAUUAAGUCAAAAGACCCGGCCGGUGAAGCUGACCGUUACUUUAACAAAACCGGUGAACUCUAUGCUCCGCGUGAACAGGACGCGCCUGAAGGUCCUCUGGUUGUUUUUGUUAAUUCUAAAAGUGGUGGUCGUCAUGGUCCUGAACUUAAACUUCGCCUUCAACAGUUAAUGGGCGAGGAACAGGUGUUUGAUCUAUCAGUAGUGAAGCCUCAUGAAUUUGUUGACUAUGGGUUAGUCUGCUUAGAAAAGAUGGCUGCCCUUGGCGAUCCUUGUGCCAGAGAAACUCGAGAAAAGAUUAGAAUUGUGGUUGCAGGAGGUGAUGGUACAGUUGGAUGGGUACUUGGGAGUCUUGCGGCACUUAAUCAACAGGGGAGGGAACCAAUCCCUCCUGUUGGAAUCAUUCCUCUAGGUACAGGCAAUGAUUUGGCCAGGAGUUUUGGUUGGGGUGGCUCAUUUCCUUUUGCUUGGAAAUCGGCUGUCAAAAGAUCUCUUCAAAGGGCUAUUACUGGUCAGGUUUGCCAUCUAGAUAGUUGGCAUCUUCUAGUGUCAAUGCCAUGUGGAGAAGUUGUGGAUCCACCCCAUUCUUUGAAAACUACAGAAGAAUGUUCUCUUGAUCAGGGUUUGGAAGUUGAGGGGCAGUUGCCUGAGAAGGUGAAUUGCUAUGAUGGAGUCUUUUAUAAUUACUUUAGCAUAGGAAUGGAUGCUCAAGUAGCUUAUGGCUUCCACCAUUUACGCAAUGAUAAGCCAUAUCUUGCACAAGGUCCCAUUUCAAAUAAGUUGAUCUACUCUGGUUACAGUUGCACUCAAGGUUGGUUCCUCACACCUUGCAUAAGCGAUCCACGUUUGAGGGGACUCAAAAAUAUCCUAAGGAUGCAUGUUAAAAAGGUUAAUUGCUCAGAAUGGGAGCAGAUUCCAGUGCCUAAAAGUGUAAGGGCAAUAGUUGCUCUAAACCUUCACAACUAUGGAAGUGGGAGAAAUCCAUGGGGUACUCCAAAGCCAGAAUAUUUGGAGAAGAAAGGAUUUGUGCAGGCCCAUGCUGAUGAUGGUCUUCUUGAAAUUUUUGGAUUAAAGCAAGGAUGGCAUGCAUCUUUUGUUAUGGUUGAACUCAUCUCUGCUAAACACAUAGCCCAGGCUGCAGCAAUUCGGCUGGAAAUAAGGGGCGGGGAAUGGAAAGAUGCGUAUAUGCAGAUGGAUGGAGAACCCUGGAAACAACCCAUGAGCAAGGAGUAUUCAUCAUUUGUGGAGAUUAAGAGGGUGCCUCAUCGUUCUUUUAUGAUCAAUGGGGAGUAACGUAUUGGAUUGCCUGUUGGCCAGGUAUGGAUCAUUUUUCAGACCGAGAUCAAUGGGGCUUGUAAAUUAUAUGUUUCUGCCAGGUUACUUGCUACCUGGCAUCUGUUGUAUCAAAUUCAUUGAUUAGGCAAUUCUUGAUUUCUUUUCUCUUCUUGUUAAACAUAGUGCUUCAGUAGUUCGACUCAGAGGAGAAAAUUGGGGUCUUAUGAGAUAUAUAUUUACAGUAGUAAAUACUAUUUUGAUUACAAAUA